GGCGGGGUUUGCCCCUCCCCCUCACCCCGUCAUCGCCCCCCACCAGGCCCCUCCCCUCGCUCCUUCUUUCGCGCGCUCGGCUCAGCGCAGGCCACCAGUGGUCUCUCCCUGUCCCAGACAAAUCCUCACCGCCAACCACCCCACUUCAAGCGUCAUCAGCGAUGGCUCCUCGCAAGGGCAAGGAAAAGAAGGAGGAGCAGGUGAUCAGCCUGGGCCCGCAGGUGGCCGAGGGCGAGAAUGUCUUCGGAGUGGCUCACAUCUUCGCCUCCUUCAAUGACACGUUUGUGCACGUCACGGACCUCUCGGGGAAGGAGACGAUCUGCCGUGUUACCGGCGGCAUGAAGGUGAAGGCCGACAGAGAUGAGUCCUCCCCGUACGCCGCCAUGUUGGCCGCCCAGGACGUCGCCUCGCGCUGCAAGGAGCUGGGGAUCACCGCGCUGCACAUCAAGCUGCGCGCCACGGGGGGCAACCGAACCUAAGACGCCAGGGCCAGGAGCUCAGUCUGCACUGAGGGCGUUGGCUCGCUCGGGCAUGAAGAUCGGACGCAUCGAGGACGUCACUCCCUUCCCUCGGACAGCACGCGCAGGAAGGGAGGUCGCAGGGGCAGACGCCUGUAGAGACCGCGGCAGUCGCACCGUGCCCAUCCACUCGGACAUGCACACAGAGACACGCGUACACAGACACUCGCACAGAUUCUCAGAUACGUGCGUGCGUGUGGUGCUGUGGGAGCCGUGUGGCUGUGUGCGUGAUGCGUUUGGUGCAGCAGCGGUGCCUCUGCAAUAAAACGGAAAAAAAAAUCUC